CUCAGUACACGCGGCCAAUAUGGCGGAUGGAUUGAAAAAAGUUUGACGCGUUGAUUAUUUUCGUGGUUUUUAAGCGGAUUUCCAGGUAGUGUAGCAUCCUGUCCUCUGUUUGGGUCUGUUUUUACCGAAAACGAUGGUGAUCUCAGCAACAAUAUACCGGUGGCGAGAUGGCCUUCCCCUCUCUGCUUCUACAGACUUCGACCCCAGCCCAGACCUGCAAAACUGCAAGAAAACGGCCAAGAUUCUGUCCAAGAAGCUCCAUCAGUUUCCAGACAGGUGCACAGCAAAGAUAGAUGGUUACUGUAUAUACUUCAUCUCGUCACCCACGGUGACAUACUUGACCUUGUGUCACCACGACUACCCCGCUGUGCUGGCCUUCUGUUUCCUGGACGAGCUACAGAAGGAGUUCAUCGUGACCUAUGACCCUGAGAAAGUGGAGAAGGCCGUUAGACCAUUCUCCUUCAUCGAGUUUGACAACAGUAUACAGAAGACGAAGCAGAGGUACAACAACCCCAGAACCCUGACCACCAGGAUGAACCUGACAGCCAUGAGUCAGGAGGUGAAGUUGAGACCUCCCCACCACAUCCACCCUGCAGAACUGGGGCCAUUUGUACCUGACACACCUCCACAACACAACCAUGUACACAAGCACAACGGCCCCAGAAGAAGGCUGAUGCCGAUUGGCUGGCUGGGGUUCCUGUCCCUGGUGCUGAACAUCCUGUGUGGAGCCCUCAACCUGGCCAGGGGUAUUCACAUCAUCAAUGAUGUGGACAAUGUCAGUGAUUAUGACAACUACGCAAUAGCCAACUUUUGGAUAGCAUGUGGACUGUGUUUCAUACAGUGCUACCUGCUGUUGUUCAACAUGGUCUGGCGGAACAUCGCAGCCUUCUUGUCGUGUGUUGGUGUGUUCCUGUGUAACCUACAGCUGAUGGAACUACGGAACAUGUACCAGAUAGCGUUCCACGUGGCCGUGUCUGUCUUUGCAGUGUCACAGAUAAUGUUGAGAAAAACACGAGAAAAACCACCGGACUAUGAUGUGUAGAAAUGGGAAUUUUAUACAUAGUUUUUAUCCCUAUGAAACUUAAAUGUAUUGUUUGUCCUUUUUGAAAUCAAUUUUAAGUGAAGCUUUAUUCGAAUUAUGGUAUUUAGGGACAGAAACUUUUUUUUCAGUUAGUUAUAGAAUCCUCUCUAUACUUUCUUUUGUAAAACAUUCCCUUUUUAGAAUACAUGUAACGUUAACAUCACAUGUAUUACCUGUAAUCUAAAGAUGAUUUCCCUUUUAGUUUAUUCUCUCCCAAACUUUUUUCAUACUGUUCAUUUUUGCAAUCAUCAUCAAAAUUAUAUCAUGUGGUCGUGUAGGGAUCAAGUCAACAUACUGUAUAUAACUGUUAACAUUGUACAGUAGUUUGGUGACCAUGGUGAGUUAGUGUGUAAGUCUGUAGUCUUAGUAAAGUUAACGUUAGAUGUUGAAAUCAAGAAACCAAAAUUUUGCAACUUGCAAUCAUGUCAUCCUGGAGAAUAUUUUGGAUGGUGAAAUUUUAACUAAUAUUUUGUAAGGCUUUUUAAAACAUGAUACCAUAUGUAAAAAGAUCCUUAUUUGCUGUACAGAUAUAUUUAUUUUUGCUAUAAUUUUAUAAAAAUGUGCAUUGUUAUGAAAGAAUUCAGAAGAGUGUUGACAGCUUUGAGAAUCUCGGUAGUAAGAACUUGUAACCAAAGUAUGAUACAUUGUAGCUUGUCAACAUGCCUAUCUUUAUGUAUCAUCAUUUUAUAAGUUUCUAAAUAAUUUUCUCAUGUCAAAAAUGAAAGAAAAAAAUAGAAUAUUCGUCAGUAAGUCUUAUCAACUUGGUUGGUAUUUUAUGACGACUUGAACGUUAACGGACCCGUUACAGUUUUAACUUUUAGAUUUGACAAAUUUCUAUAUUAUGUACUUGAGGUGUAAUAAAUAUCCUGCUGCUGUUAGAGCUAGUACAGGACCCAUUUGGCCAGAUGUAACGCAGAAAAAAUGAACAUAAAUUGAGGUAUGACAUGUCUACGAAGGCAUUUCAUAGUUGUUCACAUUAGAAUA